AUGGAGAAGACCACGGAGAGACCUGCCAUCGAGUCUGUUGCCGAAGGCGUGAUGGAUGAUGUCGACAAAGCCUAUCAAUUCGCCAAAGAGCACCAUGUCGAGCCCUUGACUGAGGCUGAGAACAAACGCAUCUUGCGCAAGAUUGAUUUCCAUCUGCUGCCCCUAAUGGUAAUUACUUAUACUCUGAACUUUAUGGACAAGAAUGCGCUGUCUUAUUCGGCCAACUUCGGUCUCAUUGACGACAAUGUACGUGUUUUCAUUUGCUGGGCUGUCGCGUACAGCAUUCCUAACUCGGCUCUCAGCACCUACACGGUAACCACGUACAUGGUUUCCCAGCCCUUCGUCGCCCGGCUGAUUGUUCGCUUUCCUGUUGGCCGCUUCGUGGCUUGCGCCACUGUCUUGUGGGGAGCCGUUUUGAUGACUAUGCCUGCAUCUCGCUCCUUUGCCAGUCUAAUGACCAUUCGUGCCAUUCUCGGCUGUCUUGAGUCUUGCAUUAACCCUGCAUUCAUUGUCAUUUCUUCGCAGUGGUGGACCCGUGAGGAACAACCCCUCCGUAUCACCUUUUGGUACUUGGGUAAUUCCAUCGGUCAAGUUUGUGGUGGCCUUCUCGGCUACGGCAUCGCUCACAUCAACUCUCCCACUGUGCCAAACUGGGCUUGGUUUUUCAUCAUCUUUGGAGCGAUUACCGUUGUCUACGGGAGCUUCUUAUUCUUCUACCUUCCGGACUCGCCCAUGAAUGCUCGUUGGUUGAGCGAUCAUGAUCGUGCCCUUGCCAUUGAGCGUGUGCGUAGCAAUCGCACUGGCGUAGAGAAUCAUGUUUGGAAGUGGUCGCAGUUCAAAGAAUGUGUCACGGAUAUUCAGUGCUGGAUUCUGGUUGCUACAUUCUUCCUCGACGAUAUCCCGGCUGGUGGUGUAGCCUCAUUCGGCUCCAUCGUGGUAAAGGGAUUUGGGUUCAGCACUCUAUACUCCACGCUGCUGUUGGUCCCUCUCGGUGUGAUCCAAGCCAUUUGCAUUCUCUUCGGAGGUUUCAUGACCAGGAAGUUCAAGAACAUAAGGACAUGGCUUAUUGCCGGUACGUACUACCCGACUCAUGCUGAGAAUAACUUCGCCGGUUAUACCAAGAAGGCCACUGCUGGAGCUAUGAUGUAUGUUGCCUUCUGCGUGGGUCAAGUUGUUGCUCCCCAGUUGUUCCUUGCAAAGGAAGCUCCAGUGUACGAGACAGCCUUCCGGGCAUCUUUUAUCUGCUUCGCUCUGUGCAUCGUCUUCACUAUUGCGCUAAGAUACUAUCUCAUAUGGGAGAACAAGAGACGCGAACGCAUGGCUUUGGCGGAGACGGAGACCGCCGGUUCUAACGACGAGUUCCUUGACAUGACGGACAAGCAGCAGAAGCUCAUAUUCCGCUAUGUCAUGUGA